AUGCCUGCUUCCGAUGAUGAUCAAGGUGUGCAAGAUGAUGAGACCCCUGUUGAUAAAGAUGUUAAGACAACUGUUGAUAAUGAUGAGACAUCUGCUGAGAAAAAUGAUGAGACUCCUGUUACUAAGGAUGUUGAGACAUCUUGGAAAUUUGUGUAUCAAAGAAGGCUGGCCCUUGAAAGAGAGUUAGCAAAUGAUGCUCUGGAGAAUCAAGAGUCUGCUGAUAGUGAUGAUGAUCAUGCUGCUGGUGGUGAUGGUGAGAAGAUGAAUGAUGAUAUGGAUGCUGAUAGUGAGGAUGACUAUAAGUCUAGUAGCUCCAGUGAUGAAGAGAUGAGUGAGGAGGAUGAUGAUGGUACUGCUGGCUCUGAAGAUUAA